UCAAUACCAUAUUCGACCUGAGGGCUGGAUACAUUUAGAGAUGCCACCAAAAAACAGAGCGAGACCUGGGUUUGAUUUUACAGGAAAUCCCACUGCUCCACAAUCCUCUGCAUCUCCUGAGGAAGAGCCAUUGGACCUGAGUCCAAAGAAGAUCUACUGCCAUAACUGUGGCUGGAGAGAUUCCCUUAGAAAUUCGUCCUUCUGUGUCCAGUGCCUUGUGGUCCUUAGGGAUCCUGUUCUGAACCUCUCCAUUGACAUGAAACCAAACCUGAGUCAGAUGACUGCUGAGCCCACCUGGGAUAUACCACUUCAGCUCCCCUCUCCUGACACCAUAGAUCUGGGCUACUCCUCGUUUUCCUUUCCACCAUCCCUGGAGGCAAGCCAGAGUGUCUUCCAGACCCCUGAGCCUGAUGUGGUGUCCCCGGGUCCCUUGCUGUGCCGAUUCUGCCAAGAAACUUUUGCUCUGCCUAUUCUUCUGCACCAUCAUGUCAAGGAAAGGCACCUUCAUUCAUGCAACAUGUGUUGCCGCAUAUUCAAGAAUGACAUGCUCCUCAUCAGACACCAGGUCAACAUGCACAGCUUAGCUCUGCCUUGCUAUCCUCGGCCUGCCUUCUCCAAACGUGGCCCAGGCCGGCCUAAAGGCGUUGCUCAUAUGCUGCUGAAACCCUACACCCGCCCAAAACCUACUCAUGUCUGCCAGGCCUGCUCUCGAGAGUUCUGGUCACCAGGCGUGCUCCACAAACACAAGUGCAACCCUCGGCUGGUCCAGUGUACCACCUGUGGGGGCUAUUUCGGCAGCCAUCAUUUGUUCUGCAAGCACAAAAGCCAGAACCUCUGCAGCAAUUCCUGGAGGGCCAUAGGGAAGGCAAUGGCUCAGGCAGCAUAUGCAGCAGCUCAGGCAGAACACAGAGCAAACUCAACAAACCCACAGAGGGAGAGUUCAGGUGCCACCUUCCAGAUCUUGGAGAUAAACUUCACCACUCCUUAUCACAGUGACUCUUCAUUACCCUCCAGCAAUGAGGAGGAGGAGCUGCAGAGUAUGGAUAGUUCAGGCGCAGAAUCCCCUUCUGCAUAGUCUUGUCAGGACUGCAUAUCAUAAUGUUAUUUUUUUUUAGUGCAGCAUUUUGUUCAGAAAACAGGAGGUACAUACUGUUUUUUAAAAUAUGUUGAGAAUAUGUGAAGUCAUUAUUUUACAGACGCAUCCCAAAAAAAUAAUAAAACAUAUGUUCUGGCAUUAAA